GCAGCGGGCGAUCUCCUUCACCUGCCACACUCCCUCCUGGGCUCUUAAGGCUAGCGAGGAGGGAGUAGGGAAGGACCCGCGCCCAGGGUAGGCCUUCCCAAGGCCCUAGAGCUGGUGACUGUUGCCUGGUGACGGGCCUGCGGGGUGCGGGCCGGGACGGUGGGCGCCCUCGCCAAGCCGGGCUGGGGGAGCGGCGAGGUCCGGGGAGCAGAUCCGAGAGGCCCGAGUCCCCCGAAGAGGCCUGGAGGCGACGGGAGACCAGGGCCGGAGUCAUCUGCGGGAGGAGAGCCCCUCUCUCAGGCCUGGAGCUCGGGUUUCCGCGGUGGCGAUCUUGGUUCCCUUUUGGGAAAUUGGACACUACUCCGCGCCUGGGUGAAACAGCUCCAGUCAGUUCUGAGGUAAUUAUAGCUACUUAGUAUUGCAGCCAUGGAGUCGAUGCUUAAUAAGUUGAAGAGUACUGUUACAAAAGUAACAGCUGAUGUCACUAGUGCUGUAAUGGGAAAUCCUGUCACUAGAGAAUUUGAUGUUGGUCGACACAUUGCCAGUGGUGGCAAUGGCCUAGCUUGGAAAAUUUUCAAUGGCACAAAAAAGUCAACAAAACAGGAAGUGGCUGUUUUUGUCUUUGAUAAAAAGCUGAUUGACAAAUAUCAAAAAUUUGAAAAGGAUCAAAUCAUUGAUUCUCUAAAACGAGGAGUCCAGCAGUUAACUCGACUACGACACCCUCGACUUCUUACUGUCCAGCAUCCUUUAGAAGAAUCCAGAGAUUGCUUAGCGUUUUGUACAGAACCAGUUUUUGCCAGCUUAGCCAAUGUUUUAGGUAACUGGGAAAAUCUACCUUCCCCUGUACCUCCAGACAUUAAGGAUUAUAACCUUUAUGAUGUAGAAACUAAAUAUGGUUUGCUACAGGUUUCUGAAGGAUUGUCAUUUUUACAUAGCAGUGUGAAAAUGGUCCAUGGAAAUAUUACACCUGAAAAUAUAAUUUUGAAUAAAAGUGGAGCCUGGAAGAUAAUGGGCUUUGAUUUUUGUUUAUCAUCAACCAAUCCUUCUGAGCAAGAGCCUAAAUUUCCUUGUAAAGAAUGGGACCCGAAUUUACCAUCAUUGUGUCUUCCAAAUCCUGAAUAUUUGGCUCCUGAAUACAUACUUUCUGUGAGCUGUGAAGCAGCCAGUGAUAUGUACUCACUAGGAACUGUCAUGUAUGCUGUAUUUAAUAAAGGGAAACCCAUAUUUGAAGUUAACAAGCAAGAUAUUUACAAGAGUUUUAGUAGGCAGUUGGAUCAGUUGAGUCGUUUAGGAUCUAGUUCACUUUCAAAUAUACCUGAGGAAGUCCGUGAACAUGUAAAACUACUCUUAAAUGUCACUCCAACUGUAAGACCAGAUGCAGAUCAAAUGACAAAGAUUCCCUUCUUUGAUGAUGUUGGUGCAGUAACGCUGCAGUAUUUUGAUACCUUAUUCCAAAGAGAUAAUCUUCAGAAAUCACAGUUUUUCAAAGGACUGCCAAAAGUCCUCCCAAAACUGCCCAAGCGUGUCAUUGUGCAGAGAAUUUUGCCUUGUUUGACUUCAGAAUUUGUAAACCCUGACAUGGUACCUUUUGUUCUGCCUAAUGUUCUACUGAUUGCCGAAGAAUGCACCAAAGAAGAAUAUGUCAAAUUAAUUCUACCUGAACUUGGCCCUGUCUUUAAACAGCAGGAGCCAAUCCAGGCUAGCAACAUGAUUUUGUUAAUUUUCUUACAAAAAAUGGAUUUGCUACUAACCAAAACUCCUCCUGAUGAGAUAAAGAACAGUGUCCUACCGAUGGUUUACAGAGCACUAGAGGCUCCUUCCAUUCAGAUCCAGGAACUCUGUUUAAACAUCAUUCCAACCUUUGCAAAUCUUAUAGACUAUCCAUCCAUGAAAAAUGCUUUGAUACCAAGAAUUAAAAAUGCAUGUCUGCAAACGUCUUCCCUUGCUGUUCGUGUAAAUUCAUUAGUGUGCUUAGGAAAGAUUUUGGAAUACUUGGAUAAGUGGUUUGUACUUGAUGAUAUCCUGCCCUUCUUACAACAAAUUCCAUCCAAGGAACCCGCAGUCCUCAUGGGAAUUUUAGGUAUUUACAAAUGUACUUUCACUCAUAAGAAGCUGGGAAUCACCAAAGAGCAGUUGGCUGGAAAAGUAUUGCCUCAUCUGAUUCCCCUGAGUAUUGAAAAUAAUCUUAAUCUUAAUCAGUUCAAUUCUUUCAUUUCCGUCAUAAAAGAGAUGCUUAACAGAUUGGAGUCUGAACAUAAGACUAAACUGGAACAACUUCAUAUAAUGCAAGAACAGCAGAAAUCUUUGGAUAUAGGAAAUCAAAUGAAUGCUUCUGAGGAGACAAAGGUUACAAAUGUUGGGUCUCAGCAGAUUGACAAAGUCUUUAACAACAUUGGAGCAGACUUUCUGACUGGCAGUGAAUCAGAAAGUAAAGAGGAUGGGUUACAGAAUAAGCAUAAAAGAGCUUCUCUUACUCUUGAAGAAAAACAAAAAUUAGCAAAAGAACAGGAGCAGGCACAGAAGUUGAAAAGCCAGCAGCCUCUGAAACCCCAAGUACACACACCUGUUGCUCCAGUCAAACAGACUAAGGACUUGACAGAUACAUUGAUGGAUAACAUGUCAUCUUUGACCAGCCUUUCUGUUAGUACCCCUAAAAUUUCUGCUUCAAGUACCUUCACUUCUGUUCCUUCCAUGGGCCUUGGCAUGAUGUUUUCUACACCAAUUGAUAAUACCAAGAGAAAUUUGACCAACGGCUUAAAUGCUAACAUGGGCUUUCAGACUUCAGGAUUCAGCAUGCCGGUUAAUACAAACCAGAACUUAUUCGGUAGUUCAAGCACGCCUGGAGUCACCAAGAUGACACUGGGAACACCUGCCACUUUGCCAAACUUCAGUGCUGUGAGUGUUCCUCCUGCUGGUGCAAAGCCGACUCAACAAAGACCCACAGAUAUGUCUGCUCUUAAUAAUCUCUUUGGCCCUCAAAAACCCAAAGUUAGCAUGAACCAGUUGUCACAACAGAAACCAAAUCAGUGGCUUAAUCAAUUUGUACCACCACAGGGGUCUCCAGGUAUGGGCAGUGCAGUAAUAGGAACACAGAUGAAUAUGAUAGGACAAUCUGCCUUUGGUGUGCAGGCUAAUCCUUUCUUUAACCCGCAGAACUUUGCACAGCCACCAACUACUAUGACCAAUAGCAGUUCAGCUAGCAAUGACUUAAAAGAUCUUUUUGGGUGAGGUGUCUUGCUCUAUUUUUGAAGAAUUACUUCAAUUUUAAUCAUGGGUGAGCUGAUUUACAUCUUUAUAUAGUUGGCAUGGAGGAACUACUUCUAUGAGGAAGUGGAUGGUUCUGUGACAGAAAACACCUUGUUUCCACGCCAGCAUAGUAGUUGUAUGGACUUCUUAACAGCUGAGUUUUUAAAAGCAUUGAGGAUUUUUUUUUCCUCUUACCACCUCCUCUUCAAGUUUUUAAAAGACCCAAUCCUUACCAAUCUCAAAGAGAAAAAAGACACCUGAGUAUCUUGAAUAGCAGAAUUUUUUAUUCAAAUGUUUAUUUUAGCUUGUAAAUCUUGUUUUAUUUAAAAAAUUGAGUUGAUGGUUAAUGCAAGAUCCAUAUGUUAAAUACUACAUGGUACACAGUCUGCCUUCACAAGUCAUUUGUCUUCAUUUUAAUGUGUGAAAAAUCUUGAUGCUCUAUUGAUUUGUUUGCAUUUAGUAUGACUGAGUGAGAUAAUGAUGAACCUAACGAAAAGGAUCAGGUCGCUUGCUCUUUCCAAUCUUAUUUACUUCUCAGAUUAACUAAUGUUCAAUACAAAAGUCUGAGCGAAUACUGCAAAAUUUUACUUAAUGUUCAUUUCAUUGGUUCAAACUGAAGGCAUUAUUAAUCAUCUUAAAUGCAAACUAAUCAUUGUAAAUUAUGUUUUAGCAUGGUCUGCCUCAAAUAGUAAUGUAUUUUUCUGCAUUUACUUGGAUAUAUUUAGAAUCACUUUCUUUCCUACUAUAUCACAGACAGAAGAAUAUGUACUGAUUUGUACAGAUACUUGACAGAGCCCUCUGGCGUGAUUUCCCUGACUCUUGCCUUCAUAUUUCAUUUUGAAUUCAAACUUCUGAGGUUGCAGCAUAUAUGAAUUGCAUUUUCAAAAGGGUAUUUGUAAGAAACUAUAUUUAAUGAGUAAACUUUUGAGAUUUCUGCUGUAUUGUUUCAAAUGUAAUAAACUUUACUUCUCUAAAAAUGAGCAGUUGUAUCUUCUCGCUACCAACAGAUUAAUUUUCAAGUCAUCAUGGUAAAGUCUGACCUCAUCAAUUACUGCAACUGAAGUUUAAUUGUUUUCUAGAAAUUUUAGGGACCUUUUGUUUGCAUUUUUCUGUGCACAGUUAGCCAUUUUUAGGAAAGAAAGACAAAAUUCUUCUAACAGGAAACAUGCUUUAUUUUUUAAAGCCUUUCUCUGAUACUUUUCUUUGAUGUGCUGAUUGUUCAACCACAAAGCCUUAUGCUGUAAAUGUUAUUUGUAUUUUGUUUAAAUUAUAUUUCACCAUUAUGUAAUAAUUUAAAAAUGAUCUUUCAGAGAACUAUAUAUGCAUUAUAGUUGCUGCCAUAGAGUUUGUGGCUUUUAAUUCUCCAAAACCAGCAAUCCUUUAAAAUAAAUCAUAUGAGCUUUA